AUGCGCGGGUAUCCGUAUAGCCCGCUGCUUGCGCAUUUGGCACGUGCCGAAGACUUCUUCUACACUUCUCAGGGAGGUGACACCUCGAUCAAUGGAAUGGAUGAUGCUGAUGACUUUGAGAAAACCAGGCAUGCCUUCACUCUGCUUGGAGUAAAGGAAUCUCAUCAGAUGGCCAUUUUCAGGAUAAUUGCUGCCAUCCUGCACCUUGGGAACUUGGAAAUCGAAGCGGAUCGAGAGGGCGAUGUCUGUAGCAUAUCGGACAAGCACUUGAGCAACUUCUGCAGCUUGCUGGGUGUGGAGCAGAGCCAGAUGCAGCACUGGCUGUGCCAUCGCAAGCUCAUCACCACGACCGAGACCUACGAGAAGAAUAUGUCCGUGCAGCAAGUGGUGAACGUCAGGAACGCCCUGGCCAAGCACAUCUAUGCCCGACUCUUCAACUGGAUCGUGCAGCACAUUAACAAGGCCCUGCACACCACUCUCAAGCAGCACUCCUUCAUCGGCGUGCUCGAUAUCUACGGGUUUGAAACUUUUGAAGUGAACAGCUUUGAACAGUUUUGUAUCAACUAUGCCAACGAAAAGCUCCAGCAGCAGUUCAAUUGGUAUGUGUUUAAGCUGGAACAAGAAGAGUACAUGAAGGAGGGCAUCCCUUGGACUCUCAUAGACUUCUAUGAUAACCAGCCGUGCAUUGACCUUAUAGAAGCAAAACUUGGAAUCUUGGACCUACUGAAUGAAGAGUGCAAG